AUGGCAUGGCAAUUGGAAAUAAUUGACAAAGCAACAGAACCUGUAAAAAAAAAAGAAGCAGGACAGUUUCAUAAAAGUCUUUCCGAUGUUGACAUUUUUGCUGUAUCGUACCAUAUGGAGGAUCUCACGUGUUCUGAUAUUGAUGAUUUAUCAAAUAUAGAUUCAACACAUUCAAGGAACAUCAUCAAGUUUAUACUUUUGUGUCGUUUAGAAGCAUGUGAGAAAUUUUUACAUCAGCAUUGUACAAAUAUCGAAUGUGGAUGGUUACCAAUAGAGACAUUAAUGUGGAGGGAAUCAACACGACGAGAAUUAUCAAAAAUUGGUUACGUUCACUUGAAUGGAAGCUUGCUCCUCCAGAAAGAUACAUCAAUCUUUCAUAACAAUGGAAGUGACAAUCUUGAAAGUUUUGUCUACCCAAACACAGAGUUCGGAUUUAACCAGAGAAAGUUCCUAAUGGGCACAUUACCGGUAGUUUCACUUUCCAGAUAUGAAUUAAAAGCACCACCGGAUGGUAAAUGGGGUGCAGACAAGGGAAACAUGUCAUGGAAUGGUUUGCUGGGAGAGGUUCAACGUAGAGAUAUUGAUUUGGUUGCAGCGCCAUUAGCCAUCAACUCAUACAGGGAACAAGUAAUGGACUUUACUCAUCCAUAUUAUUAUGAGCAUUCAGGAAUUGUUAUUAAAAGACCACCCCAUGAACACUGGAGGAAAUUACUGAAUCCUUUAACCGUAACAGUCUACCUAUAUAUUGGAAUAUCUCUGCCAGUGAUAACAUUGCUGUUGUUCUUCUUUGAAAAGUAUAAUCCUUUUUAUAGGAAUAUUGCUGGACGAAAGUUUGUCAGGGGGUUACAUCAUUUCUCUGAUUCGUUCUGGUACAUGUAUGGAGCGUUACUUUGUCAAGGAGGUGAGCAUAUUGCAGUAUCUUCAGCUGGUAGGACACUUUUAAGUUGCUGGUGGAUAUUUUGUAUUGUAAUUGUUGCUACAUACAGUGGAAAUUUUGUGGCUUUUCUAACUUUCCCAAAAGAGAAGCUACCAUUCAAAGAUAUAGAAGGAUUGGUGGAACAGUCAAUAUAUAAAUGGGGUACAGCAGGAGAAACAGUUUAUGAAACAAUUUUCAAGAACUCUGAAUUACCAGAAAGAAAGAAAUUAUGGAAUGGCAUGAUAGAAUUUAAUCAAACAGACCCUUCUGUAUUGAGUAGUGACCCUGCCGAACAAAUUCGAAAAGUAGAAGGUGGCAAUUAUGCAUAUGUGGCAGACAAAACUUACAUUGAACUAGCUAUAUCACACAAAUGUGAAUUGUCACUGUCACAGUCAGACAUUCAGCCUAUAUUGUAUGCAUUUCCAUUACCGGAAACUUCCCCAUUUGUUAAGACAUUUUCUGAUGCAAUAAUUUCCAUAGUCGAUAGUGGAGUGAUUCAAAUGUGGAAAAUGAAAACAUGGCCAAAACCUGGACCUUGCCAGCAAUUAACAGGCACAGACGCUAAAACUAUUUUCUUAAUAGACUUUCAAAUAGCAUUUUACAUAGUAACAGCAGGGGUUGUAUUAGGUUGUUUAUCUCUUCUUUAUGAACACAUUAAACUUAAAUGUGACAAAUGUAUCGAAAAAAGGCAGCAAAAGAAGAAAAAUAACACACACGGAUUUAGAAAUACUAAUGAGUUAAAUGAUGUAUUUUAUUCCAAUAGCUUAUAUAACGACGACGAUGAUUCGCCAAUGAAACUUGCUAUUCGACGACAGGUUGGCUCCAAUACUAGACAGCAUCGUGUUAACGAAAUAACAGCAAUAGGAAUUUGUGACGAUAUUUCUUAG